CAACAACACUAGAGGAGAUUGUCAAUGGUUCCCGUUCGGGACAAAACAAUGGCAUUCAAUACCACAUCGAUCUCCGGAACAAGAGCCUCUCUGGUCAAAUCCCCCCAGAGCUCCGCAGCCUGACCAACUUGUCGUACUUGGACCUGUCCAUCAAUGACCUCUCCGGCUCUAUUCCCAUCGAGCUCGGCAGCCUGACCAAGCUGACCGACCUCUAUUUGAACUCCAACAACCUCUCCGGCUCCAUUCCACCCGAGCUCGGCAGCCUGACCAAACUCCACUUUAUCGAUCUCUACAACAACAGCCUGUCCGGCCCAAUUCCCCGCGAGCUCGGCAGCUUGACCAGCCUAGAAAGCCUCUACCUCUUCUCCAACAACCUGUCCGGCCCCAUCCCCCUUGAGCUCGGCAGCCUGACAAAAAUCACUUUCCUCGAUCUCUAUAGUAACAACCUCUCGGGCCCUAUUCCCCCUGAACUUGGCAGCCUGACCAGCCUGACUGACUUCAACCUUUACAACAACAACCUCUCCGGCUCCAUCCCCCACAAGCUUGGCAGCCUGAGCAGCCUAGAAGUUCUCCGAUUCUACAAUAACAACCUAUCCGGCUCCAUCCCUUCCGAGCUCGGCCGCCUGACCAACCUAAACACCCUCGACCUCUCCUCAAACGAUCUCUCCGGCUCCAUACCCCCAGAGCUCGGGAGCCUGACCGACCUUGCCGAGCUCGACCUCUCCAACAACAAGCUUUCUGGCCCCAUCCCCGCAAGCCUUGGCAACCUGUCAGUUCUACAAAACCUGCGUCUUGAGACGACAGGGAUAGCCUGCAAUUAUGUUGGUACACCCUUUCAAUCGCUCAAUCUGAUGGGCCUUCCAUGCUCACCUCCAUCAUGGGUGGGACAGAGUAGAAAGCUCUCAGUUCUCCAUAUAGCGUUUCCUAAUCAAUCCACAGAGGUUCUCGACCUUUCAUUCGCCCCUCCAGUUUGCAAAGUGGUAAAUCUGACUGGCUUGAACCCGGCUCUUAAGACUAUAAAGUUUGGGGGUUGGUGCAGCGAGGGCUGUGUGGUCGAUCUACAAGGCACUGGAGCCGAGUUGUCCAGUGGCACUAAGCGGGAGAUCUGCCUGGGCAGAGUCUCAGUUUUCGUCGAGGGGAUAGUAACGGAGCAGUUAAGGAACGGCGGGCUUUUCAACAGCUCUCUAAGCAUCGAUGGUCGCGUAUACAACCUGACGGACCCGACCUUUGUCGACAAAAUUGUUCUGGGUCCCGGUGGUAAAUCGUAUACAACAGGGGUUGGUGCAUCCCUGGUCCAUUCCGCAACUGGAAAUCUUUGCAGCAAUCCGGAGGCCCCGACGGUCGUGGCCGUCAUGUAUGCGACCUUUGGUGCUUCCUUAAUAGCAGAAGUUUUUACCGCUUGGGCCCUUGCUCGUUGUCGAAGCGUGUGGGGUAGGGUGGGAUCACAGGGCAAGAGGAGCAUGUUGAUUGACAUGGUUCUUUACCUUCUCGGCAUCGUUGGGUCCGCCGUCGUCUGGUAUGACUUCUACACAGACAUCCGCGUCCUCCUUGAUGUGUGGAGAGCCUGGCCACAGUGGGUGUUCCUAGGUUGCAUCAUCGCCCCCUAUGUCAUCGGGACCCUGUCCAUUUCCGAGGGCUGGGUCUCCGGUGAUCUUCUCCCCGGAGCGUGGAAUCUGGGGCUCAAGUGGAUAUGGCCUCCUCCGCAGAUGGACGUAGGGGAAACUUUCCCCCGGCGCGCUCUUAACCCCCUGCAGUGGGCAGUGUUGCUAGUCGUUUGGCCCCUGGGCAUCCCGGCCGUCCUUUUCCUCGACAUCGUUGCCUUCCUUGACAAGCUUGGCUUCCAUCCGGUUGUCGGAAAGAACGUUUAUAGUCUGGACCUUUGGUUUGACUCGCGCUCCUUGAUCGAGCUCUUGUUGCGUACGGUGCCACAGGCCAUCUUCCAGACUGUCGUCUAUCUGCUUGGCAGUUCGAGGGCCAAUCGAUACUACGUCGACCAGAACCUCUUCGUCAUGUCGAUCAGCUUGUCUCUGCUUAGCAUCCUCUUUCAGUUAGCACGUACUUUGUGGCAAGCGGUCCAAGCCUCGGAGUACGUUUGGGUGACCUUUUGGAGGCGGCUCCGUUGUGUUAAGAGGUCUUGGGUGAUAAAGUUGCAUAGUAACAUAACGGCCGAGAGCGAGCUGGCCCUGUCGUCUAAGAUCGAUCAACUUUCUGAUUUUCUGUAG